UGUCUCUUCAUUUGCUUUGUCACUCACCUCUCUCUCUUUUAGCAUAGUAUUUGCAGUUUGAGAGAGAAAGAGAGAGUUCAACUACAAUGAGGCAUCAAAAGGUUAAAAUCUUUGUUUCUUUGAUCUGCAUUGUUAUUGCUGGUGUUUCUGGCCAAUCUCCGACAACUACUCCUGCUCCGCCAACUCCAACCACUACUCCUCCUCCGGUUUCAGCUCCUCCUCCAGUAACUCAAUCUCCACCUCCGGCUACUCCUCCUCCAGUUUCAACUCCACCACCGGCUACUCCUCCUCCUGCAACUCCACCUCCUGCCACUCCUCCUCCCGCCACUCCACCACCAGUCUCUCCUCCUCCAGCUACUCCACCACCAGCCUCUCCUCCUCCUGCCACUCCACCUCCUGCUUCUCCUCCUCCAGCAACUCCUCCUCCAGCUACUCCACCACCAGCAACUCCUCCUCCAGCUACUCCACCACCAGCAACUCCUCCUCCAGCUGUUCCACCACCAGCUCCUCUCGCCGCUCCUCCUGCUCUGGUUCCAGCUCCCGCUCCAAGCAAAAAGAAGUUGAAGGCUCCAGCUCCAUCUCCGUUGGGACCGAGUCCACCAGCACCACCAACAGGAGCUCCGGCUCCAAGUUUGGGUUCAAUCGCUCCAGGACCAGCAGGCACAGACGUGAGUGGAGUAGAAAAGAUGGUUGGGAGCUUGGCCUUCGGAUGGGGUUUCCUCUGUUUGCUACUUUAGACAUGCCUUUAUGAGUCUAAGCUUCUAUGAAUUUUUUUUAAUUUUUGUGAUGUUACUUUUUUUUGGCUAUAUAUAUAUAUUAUAAAAAUUAAUGGCUGCCAUUUUAGCCCCUGUACUGUGAUAAGAUCUUUUAUUACCUGUAUUUGUUAUUGCAUUCUUUGGAAGAUUUUUGGGUAUUGGAGGAGAGGAGAUGGGAGAGAGACUUGGUUUUGUAUCUGGGAUUUGCUGGUAGCUACCUCUUGAUCUCAUUUAUUAUAUUUCUUUUCACUAA